AUGUUCGUUGCACAGUCGUUUGCGAAGAAUUUCGGACUCUACAACGAGCGUAUCGGUAACCUGACUGUGGUCGUAUCUGAUAAUUCCACCUUAACGGCAUUCAAAUCGCAAAUGUCACUCAUCGUCCGUGCUAACUGGUCGAAUCCACCAAAUCACGGCGCUAAAAUUGUUCACAUGAUCCUUACCAAUCCUGAUAUGUGUAAGCAGUGGCACGAAUGCAUUCAG